AUGGAAAAAGAAGUCCACAAUUGUAGCAUCUGUCAAGCAGCAGAUAAAUUGGCAAAGACGUCGCCUGCCCCGCUGCAACCUGUCGAGCUACCAGAGAGACCAUGGCAGAAACUUGCAAUGAAUAUCGUUGGUUCCCUGGAGAGGGCGCCUCCCGAUUGCAGAUUUGUGCUGACACUAGUAAAUUACUUCUCAAAAUGGCCAGAAGUACAGUUUUCAAGGGAAAUUUCUACGAGAACCGUGACCGAGUUCCUGCUCAACGUAUUUGCACGGGAAGGCUAUCCUGAAGCGAAAGUCUGUGAUAAUGCGCCCAAAUUCACGUCAAAGGAAUUUUUCAACUUCCUACAAGAGCGAGUGAUUCGCCUGUCGCACUCAUCUGUUUAUUACCCGCAAGCAAACGUACAGAUCGAGCGGUUCAACCGUACGUUCAAGACUUACCUACAACUGGCCUCUCUAGAACAACGUCCACUGCGAACUGCUGUACGGGAUUACCUCGCCGCAUACAGGUGUACACCACACGCCACAACAGGAGUGGCCCCUGCGGUACUUUUACAUAGAAGGCUGCCAAGAACGAAGCUUGACAUCUUCGGCUUAUCGCCCGAGUCCUUCGCAAAGGCACCCUACCAGGAGAUGGCCAGGCUGCGGCAACGUGUCAAGCGCAGGCAAGAGUACAGCAAAGCCUACACUGACAGGAGGCGAGCGGCAAAACCGUCAACAGUGGCAGUAGAAGACAUGGUGCGUGCGAAGAAACCAUCGGUUUCAUUCAAAGGUGACAUCUCUUUCUCAAAGCCAAGGAAAGUCAUCGAGCAAUGCGGCCCAGCAUCCUUCAUUCUUGACGACGGCAAAACAUGGAACGUGGCAAAGCUGUGCAAGGUGCCUGCUCAAUGCCCUGGCGACAAUGGCCUUCAGCAACAUUCUGCAGGGCGUGAAUAUUCGUUCCAUCAUGAUUCCGGUGACGCGACGCUUCUCGCUGCAACAUGGCAGCCAGCGUCCGCCGAGGCAAGUGCUCCCGCAGCGAAUCAUGUGCCUAGUGCAGACUACGAUUCCCACUCGCCAACGAGACCAGCUACCGGACAGAUUCCUGCUUCAAAAACUGUUUCACGCCCGCCCGUGAACACUACAGAAAAACCUGUGGUGUCGUGCCCACCUUGGUCGUCGCAUUCAGCCGCACCGAGAAAGACGGCGACCGGACAGAUAUAG